AGGCCCAUUUAUACCGAACGCCACAUUUAGCAAAACUAUUAGAAAAUUCUCACGUUGUUCGCAACGAGCAAUCAAUCUAACACAGAAGAGUUUGUAACUCAAAACACAAAAGGACACCAAGCGUCGGCCUCGCCGUCACUGAGUUGGAAAAAUAACAAGACAGCGGUUUGGGUUCUAUGUAGAAAUAUUAGUUGGCGAUAUUGCAGAAAUAUCUUCAACAAAUUCUGCCAUUAAGAUGCCAUCACGGGUGGAAGAUUAUGAGGUCUUGUAUACCAUAGGAUCCGGAUCUUAUGGGAAAUGUCAGAAGAUAAGGAGGAAAUCUGAUGGAAAGGUUCUAGUUUGGAAAGAGCUGGACUACGGCACCAUGGCAGAAGCCGAGAAGCAGAUGUUGGUUUCCGAGGUGAACCUCCUGCGCGAACUGAAGCACCCCAACAUUGUACGGUACUACGACCGCAUCAUCGACCGCACGAACACCACUCUGUACAUCGUCAUGGAGCACUGCGAAGGCGGGGACCUGUCCGGUCUGCUCACCAGGUGCAUCAAGGAGAGGCGUUACCUGGACGAGGACUUCGUCCUGCGGGUGCUGGCCCAGCUCGCGCUGGCGCUGAAGGAGUGUCAUCGCCGUGGCGACGGGGGGCACACCGUCCUGCACCGCGACCUCAAGCCCGCCAACAUCUUCCUGGACGCCAGGCAGAACGUGAAGCUGGGCGACUUCGGCCUGGCCCGCAUCCUCAACCACGACACCAGCUUCGCCAAGACCUUCGUCGGCACGCCGUACUACAUGUCGCCGGAGCAAAUGAAUCGGACAUCUUACAAUGAGAAGUCUGAUAUCUGGUCCCUGGGGUGUCUGGUGUAUGAGCUGUGCGCCCUUUCGCCGCCGUUCACGGCGUACAACCAGAAGGAGCUGGCGGAGAGGAUCCGGGAGGGGAAGUUCCGGCGGAUCCCGUACCGCUAUUCUGAGGAGCUGAACUCCCUGGUGUGCAGAAUGCUGCACUUAAAGGACUACAUGAGGCCGUCGGUGGAGAGCAUCGUGCAGAGCGCUCUCCUGGCGUCGGCCGUGUCGGAGGAGCAGAGGAAGGCCGAGCAGAGAGUCCGGAGGAAGUCUGCGGAGCUGGAGCGGCCCAAACCCGCCGACGUCCCCGCGGAAACGGCCGCCGCCGUGUCCAUGGCGACGGAGCUCCGGCUGAAGGAGCAGCGGCUGCAGGAGCGCGAGCAGGCCCUCAAGGACCGGGAGGAGAGACUGGAGCAAAGGGAACAGGAACUUUGCGCCCGGGAGAGGCUUGCUGACGAGAAGUUGGCAAGGGCGGAGGGUCUGGUGAAGACCUGUAAUCUGGUUCGGCAGCAGAAGGCUCUGACUCCGCUCUACUCCAACGAGAUCUUGGGUGAGCGGGCGGAGUCUCCGUCUCCAGGUAAGAAGAAGGUGCACUUCGCGGGCGACAGUAAGGAGAACCGGGCUCCGGACCGGCACCUGAAGCUCCGCAACGCCGAGCUGAAGAAGCGUCUGCAGGCGGCCACCGUGCGCGCCCAGGCCCUGGACCUGGUGGAGCGCAACUACCAGCUCCAGAGCAGGCAGCUGCUGGGCAUACGCUAGAGGGGUCCUUCAGCCGGCCGGCGCGGGAGAUACGCAUCAUCAGGGAGGGCCCCAGCAGGCUGGACUCUGAGGCUGGUUCACCCGGGCGUCACAUUCGCUCGUUCAUGUACAUACUGUCAUAUAAAGGGAGAAACAAACCCUGCGUAGACGCAAGCUGACAAUCUAAAAGCCCUGUAGGAAUUUGGGGCCUUUUUUU